GUUGAUUAAGCAAUGGGGAUUUCGUGGAGAAAUAUCACAGCAACAAAAUAUUUCUGGUACAUCGCGCUGGCCAUAAAGCUCCUCUGAGCAUUUAACUCAAGGUCAAUUUACCAAAGUAAUGAAAUCGGCCAAGCAGUGCUCGUGUCUUAUGAUAUGGUGUAUGGAGGAGGCAACCUUCCAUGGGAAUGGAAUGAUGAAUUCAGGCUGAGACCAGUCCUAUACCCUUCCAUAUUUGCAGUGGUGUUCAAAAUACUCAAUAUCCUGUAUCUAGACUUCAGAUUUUUGAUAAUAUACUCUCCAAAUCUAAUCCAUGUAUUUUUCUGGCAAAUAAGUGACUUUUAUGUGUUCAAACUUCUCAAAGAAGAAUCUGAUGAUUUAAAUGAAAGAAGAAGGUCAGCAGGGGACAAGGAUCCCAAAAAUUAUGACUAUGCUAACCUAGCUAUGAUCAUGUACAUGGGGGUGUGGGCUGUUUUAGCAAUGAAUGCAAGAACCUCAGCAAACGCUGUAGAGACUAUCUUCCUUCCAAUUGGAAUUUAUUACUGGAGGAGAACUAAAUCAGGCUCUGAGGAACAUGUUAAACUUGAGGAUCAAGUUCUGAGAGGAAGGAACAAAGUGAGUAGUGGGUUUCAAAAGCACAUCGACCCUAAUGCGAUAAAGCUGACAUUAUUGAUCGUGUUCUCAUUCAUUCUCAGACCGACUAGUCUUCUGCCUUGGUUAGCUCCAAUAUUUUGGAAGGUGUUCUUCGAGAAAACGUUUUUUAAAUUCUUGCUUUGAGGAUUAUUUAUUGCAACCCCCUUAUACAUAUUUUCCAUAUUACUAGACUCAUUGUACUUUUGGGAUUUUCCAACCUUCACUCAUUACAAUUUUGCAAAAUUCAAUGUCAUUGAUGGAGGAGCUGGAGAAUAUUUUGGGAAAUCAGGGACUUUCCAGUAUAUCUUUUGGGCUUUUUGAUAUCUUGGAGGCCUCUUUCCUUUUGCAUGCAUUGGUCUAUGUACUGAUAUAUGGACUAACGUGAGAAGUUCAAAGUUUCCCUUAUUGCCAUCGAUCUGUAUUGGAUAUUUUGUAAUCCUAACUCUGAUUCCUCACAAAGAGAUCAGGUUCAUCUUGCCUUUGUCAUUUAUAUUAUGAUAUUUUGCAGCUAUUGGAAUUCCUAAAUUUCCCAGAGCCGGGUUCAUCCUUCUAGGAAUAACGUUUAUUUACUGGGCUAUUUUCAUGAUUAUCAGUGGAAUUAUUAAGAACAAUAUGCACAAAGCUAAUGAUUUUGUAUACGAUAGAGACUACGAAACUGUAUAUUGGUCAGAUAAUGAAGCAACAAAUUACCUUGCAGAUCUCCAUCCAGGAUAUUAUGAUCCCAAUAAUGAGAAAGUUAUGACCAACCAUAUUGCCUUAGGCUUUGCUCGGAGAGGAUUCCCUGACCUAAACUAUCUGGCUCAUUCAGAAACUUUCGAUAUCGCAUAUGACUCAGUACUAGACCUAUCUAAGAAAUUUCUAGUGAAGCGUAACAAGGCACUAACUAAUCAAACAUUAGACAUGAAGACUUAUAAUGAAAAGAGCGCUUUAGAGAAGAAAUGAGUAAAUUCACAAUUUAUGCCUCAAUACUUUAUCAUCAGAUAUAAUUACCCUGACAACAUUCUUUACAAAAAGAUCUUCAAAUGGCUGAAGGACCCAAAAGUGUACACCGAAGAGGGUAUUCUCUUCACUGCUUCUUACAAGGAGGUGAAAUCCCAACUGGGAGAAUUCAGAGAUAGCAAGUGAAGACCAGGCCGUUCAACCCAAGAAUGCAUUAUGAAAGCCCUCGUAUUUGAAAAAGACACGACAGGUUGAGCUAAACCAUCUGUUUAAGUAUGUUUUCA